AUGGGACUCUAUAAACUGGCAAAGAAGUUGCAGAUGACCCGUCAAGAUCUUGGGCAUAUAAUACAUCGUCCCGGUGAGGUACACAUCGUGAUGGACCAACCUCGCACAAUCGGUGCAUUCAUCGAGAAUAGCGGGCUGGACAUGUGCUGGAUCGAGUCGGAUCUCUAUGGGCCUUCCACUGUGAAGCAGAUUCUCCGUGGGAACCACGUGAAGAGAGGAGAAGCAGCGCACAUGGUUAUAUUACAAGCUCUAUUCAGCCUCUACCUGGAAGCCUUCUUCGUGAGACACCCAGCUGUGUUACUGUUGUUAAGAAGUCGGCUAACCAGUUAAGCGAUACGUUAAAAAAGGCAACAAACAAGAUAUUACAGCAAAGCACAAAGAACUGGCACAGACCAUCGCUUCAACAGAGCUUGCUGCAAAGAUGGAGCAAUUUGAUGCUCAUCAUGAGGAUAGUCCACUGUUCAAGUUCACUCGAGGGUACAUGGCAAUGGUUAUGGAGAUGAUGACGUUUAUCAGA